CAGCGGCACUGGUGUCGCCCGGCGACAACGACGACGACGACGGGACGAUCGACGACGACGACGACGACGACGACGGUGAUCAUCAUCGCGCGUGUGUGUCGUCGAACGGAUGGACGUACGGAAAGUGGCAGCGAAGAGUGAAGAGUGCGCGAAAGCUUCUGGUGAACGACACGACGUUAUUGUACAUUACGUACGAACGCACGCGAAAUCGGAGUGAAUGGGAAAAAACGAUCGUGGUGGCACAGGGCACGGGAUACCAUCGUUGUCUGUCUCUCUACAUAGGAACUAGGUUACCGUCAGAUCGGACCGAUUGAUACGAGAGAUAGCGCGAGAUGUUUAUGGAAAGUGCGUGUCGUCGCGAAGAAAGUGUCUCGCAACGUCGUUCGUUCAUUUAAUUCGCGCAUUUUUUUUUAUGCGUCAACGAUUCUCUUUCGUGUGUGCUCUCUCUCUAUCUCUCUCUCUCUCCCUCCCUCCCUAUCUCUGUGUAUGUGAUUCUCUGUGCAUGUGUAAUCGUUUCUCGAUGUCUGCCGAUCCUGCACGGAGGCAGUAAGCAAAACAGCAGCUACCUAUCGAAGGGCUGUCGUCGUGUUGUGUCAACGUAACCCACGGCAGCAGCACCAUCACCACCACCACCAUCAUCAUCAUCACUACCACCGACGUCUCUUCAGUAAUUAAACCAAACAAAAUGGACACCGAGAUAACGAUUGAGCGAACAUUCGUGUAGUAGCCUCCCUCUCGUUCUCUCCGUCACUGCUUCUCCUCCUCCCCCUCCCCUUCCUCGCAUCUACCUGUUUUUUUUCUCUCGGUUUUCUUUAGAUGGACCUCGGAAAAGGGAGAUGGGAUCGCCGUUCGUACAAUUGCAGCAAGAGUUUGUAUUUACCAUGGGCACGUUACUGGCUAUAGAAGAGAUCGUACAAUAUUCUCAUAAACCUGAAAUGGGGACGAAGAGUCCUUCAGCGUAGACAUGGACUACGAUCUGUUUGGUGAAGAUGUCAGUGGCUCGAUGCUCGAGGCUCUUCCUGAUCUCGGAGGGAACGAUCAUUUCGAUCCUGCGCCUGCGAAUAAUCCCGUAGCGGUGUCCAGGGACGGUCUGAAUUCUGGCCCUAAUGGAGGAGGGAGUUACAUUAAUCAAUCUUAUAACAUUUCUCAAGAAUCUCCGAUACAGAAAUUAACCUCAUUCGGCGGAUCUGAAUUUGGUAGCUCGAAUCAAUUGCAAAAUCCGUCGCAGCGCAGUAUGUUUAACCAAAAUCUCGGCACGUUCGAUAGUGGCACCACACCUCAGCGUGCUAUGGUGCCAGGCGCCUUUCAAAAUCAGACCCGCAACAUUGCACCGCAACAGCACAGAGGGCCUCAUCCAGGUAGCGGCGCUCAGUAUCCUAGCUACAAUGACAAUAUGUACUCUAUGGAGCAACAACACUCGAUGGCUAGAGCCAACAUGAGUAUUGACCCCAGUCAGCAAGGUUGGCCGGGUAACGGAAGCGGAUACCCGCAAAUGCAGAGACAUUACAAUCAAAUGGCUCCGCAGCCUAGCACGUACAGACAACAUAUGCCACCGCAGUAUUCUCAUCAGCAAGACCAAGCUGGCGUUAUGAAUCAAAAGAUGCAGCAACAACAGCAGCAGCAGCAACAGCAGCAGCAGCAGCAGCAUUUCAGUAGUCAACAAGGAAUGAUAGGCAACAUGGGAGUUUUGCACCAAUCGAUGCAAGCCGGCGCGACCAGUGGUGUCUACCAGCAUAUAGUCGGACAACAGCAUUAUCAACAAGGUAAUUCGGUAGCAGCAAUGUAUCAGACGUCUCCCGGCUAUCCCGGUUUCGCCUCGGCUAUUCAUCAGCAACAACAGGCUCAGCAGGCGCCUCAAGCGAGAAUGCCGCAUCAUCAUCCGACGCAUCCGACACAUCAACCGCAUCCGUCUCAUCCUCAACAAUAUCCUCAGCAUCCCCCUCAGCAUCCGAACGCGCAACAACAACCGACGAUGGAUCCUCAAUAUCCUCAUCAUGCUACUUCGAUGUUCAAUCAACCGCAGCACUCGGCGCCGCCUCCGCAACAAUUCGGCGCGGCAGCGACGGCUAAGCACUCGACGAGUCCUCAGUAUCGUGCCGCGUUCCCGCAAUUGUCGCCGCAGAUGUCACCACGGCCGCAAAUGUCCCCGCGUCCGCCCGCGGUGCAGCAGCAGAUGUCUCCUCGACCCAUCAUGUCGCCCGCCAAACCUACACUGUCGCCACAUCCUCACGUUCAGCUUCCUCAUCAGCAGGGCAAUCAAUCUAACGCGAUGUCGGUGUCUCCGUGUCCACCCACGUCUAUGCAAAUGAACCCGUCGUCGCAGCAGCAACAGACUACUCUACAGGCUCUCGAACAGAUGGUGAUGCCGGGAGUCGCUGUUUCAAAUUCUAGCGUUCCCACUUCGGAUCAGUACAAUCAAUUUCAAACGCGUCCGCCGAUGUCGCAGACACCAAGUGUUCUGCCACAACAAUCGACGGCGCAGAGUCCGAUGCCGGCUCAAGUCGCGGGGCCUAGAAUGCCGAUGCCCACUCAAUGGCAAUCGCAUCCGCAGCAACAACAGCAACAGCAGACACAAAUCAGGCCGAAUAUCGGCGUCAACGAGGACAGAAGCGGUGUCGUUGAGCCUCAGCAGAUGCCGAUAGUAUCUGAACAGAAUGCUCCGAUGUUUCCCGUUAAUGGACCGGAGGCUGCUGUACAUAAUGUUGCGGAAACGGCGACAACGACGAGUACAACGACAACGAGAGAACCGGCGACGACAACGGAGAACAUCGUGCAAAACCCGAUCGAAGCCCCGAAGCAACCGGAACCUGAGUCUUCUUUGCAUCAGAGCAUUCAGCAGGGUUCACAAAUAGAUGCAGCUGCACAACUCGGUCCACCGCAAGUAGAUACCUCGGCACAAAAUAGCUCGCAGAACCAAUUAACUUUAGAUCAUACAUCUACAGCAGGAAAUAUACCUACGCCAUCGAAUAUAUCUUCGAUUGAAACGGUGCAGUCUCUUCCAGUAUCUAGUACAAGCGGAAAUAUGGAAUGCACAAAUGUGACUACAUCGUUACAACAACAGCAACAACAAACAGUUGCGCCAAUCCAAAAUCCUGUUUCUAGUAUCGAGAAUCAGAGUGUAUGCGAAACGAAAUCUCAAGAACAAGGUGUAGAAGUACAUCAAUCGCCCUUAAGUAGUACGACACAUCCGCAACAAGUUAUAGGACAGCAGCAAUCUAUUAAUUGUCCUCCGCAGCAACCAAUACAGCAGCAAUCAGUGCAGCAGCCAGCGGUACAGCAGCUUCAUUUGGCUCAGUCACAAAUAGUUCCAGCUCAGGCAACGAUAGCUCCUUCUCAGCCGCAGCUACAAUCGCCGCAACAGUCACAGAUGAUUCAGCCGCAACCUGCUCAGAUGAACCAGCAGCUGCAGCAACCACAGCAGCAAAUACCUCAGUCUCAAUCGCAACAACAACUGCAACAGAUUGCACCCGCUCAACAAUUGCAGAUUCCUCAACCUCAACAACCUAUAUUGAAUCAAGCACAGCCGCAACAAAUCUCGCCAACGCCUCAAUCCCAAUUGGGACAACCGCAACCACAAUUGGGACAAGCACAGUCUCAAUUGGGAGGGCAAUCGCAACCCCAAUUGGGACAACCGCAAGCUCAAUCACUGGCACAGACGCAGCCACCGCAGUUGGCACAAUCGGCGGCUCAGCAAGGUCCGACGUGCAUCACGCAACAGGCUCAAUCAACGACGACGACACCUCCGCAGGCGCAGGCAUCUCAUAUGCAACCUCAGCAGGUUGGUAUGCAGAUACCACCGAGCGCGCCGCUCAUACCAUCUCAGAUGCCUCCACAGCUGCAACCACCACCGAUGCAGAAUCAGGCAUCUCAGAUGCAAAAUCAAAACGCUCAGCAAGUACCCGCCGCGCAUUUGAACGCACAGCAGAUACCCGCGGUUAGUCAAACCGCCAGUAUAGUUUUGCCGCCGCAUCAAGCCGCGGUUCCCGUGCCAAAUUCGCAAACACCGCAUCAGUAUCAUCCUGGAGGCGACAUGAUCACCGGCAACACAAUACCGAACAUAUAUAGCAUGCCGGCUAAUCCUACACAAACCCCAGUCACGACGGGUGGCUUUGGCACGUCCUGCGCUCCUCUCACGCAUCAUCAAGAACGAGCUGCUCUGCAACAGCAGUUGCAAGAACUGUACUGCAUGCCUCCGGCUUCGGAAAAUCAGGAAAAGAUUGUUGCCCUGCAAGAGAAGUUACAGGCGUUGCAGCAACACGAGACGAAUGACCAGUGUAAUGGUGGUCCGCAAUGUAUACUCCAGACGCCGAUGUUUACAGCUGCUGUAGUCGAUAGUCCGCAGGUCUCCAGUACUACUGGACGUGGUCGUAGCAAAGGUACACAGCGAGCGAAGAAAAGUAGGAAAAAAGCUGACAAAGAGGCGUCCGCGCCUACUACUGCCAUUCAGCAACAACCCGAGCAGCCCUUGUCGGACAAUAAAGUCACGCCAGGCGAUAGUAGCAAUAUUGUAGACAGUGUUGCAGACUCGGAAGAUAUAAAGCCGUCUUCUGGAGAUAUGGAGGAGGAUUGGAAUAAAGGCAGAAAAUCACGCUCGCCACGGAAACCGCGCAAGCCGAAGGAACCUAAAGAGCCCAAAGAACCAAAGCCUAAGAAGGAGCCAAAACCACCAAAGGAACCAAAAUCCCCGAAAGUGGCAAGAAAGAGGAAUAAGGAUAAAGACAAAGAUUCCACAAAACGUAAUAGGAAAAAAAUUAUACAACCCGAAUCUGCUGACGAUGAUGCUACACGGGAAAACGAAGAAAGUGCUGUUUCGGAUUCCAGUGCUGUUAAGGAUGCGGAGACGAAGAUUUGUGAAUCGUCCAUACAGGGUGAUCAGGAACAGGUAGACUCUUCCACCAAUGAGCCUCUAACCGAAGUAAAGGAGGAGGGUAAAGAUAAGACAGCGGACGAUGCUCCGGAGGAAGACAAAAAAGAGGAAAAUGCAGAAGCGACUACCGCGACUACUGAGAAUACGAGUAGCAGUAAGAAGAAACCCGCGGCUAGAAAACGAUCGAGUACCAGCAAGGCCUCUGGAGGGAAAUCUUCCAGAAGUUCCAAGAAACGUAAGAGUCGCAUUGCGCCAGAUUCCGAUGGUGAGGAAUUAGCGGCGACACCUCCACCAUCGCCGGAAGCAGGCGACGACAUGAAUAAGCGACGUUCUGCAAGAAAUACUCAUCGUAAGAAAUAUGUGGAUGAUGUAAUGUUACGUUUCUCCGAUGACGAUGUUCCUCUGCAAGACUCUCAACUAUCGAAAAAGGUGGAAGGGGCGAACGCUUCAAAGCCUGCUGCCGCAAAGAAGGAGGGCGGUGAGGGCGGCGAAGUCGGACCUAACAAACCUAACUUUGUAUACAUUAACACCACUGAUGAGGAUUCUAUGGUUGUGCAACAUAUUUUGUGCUCUCGAAUGGGAAAGAGAGAGGUUAAGCCCGUGGUACCGAAGAUAGAAGCGUCUCCGGAAAAGAAUGCGGAUAAGGAAGAAUCCGCUGAUAAUAAAGAUAAGACGUCCGACAAUCCCGUGAAAGAGGAAGAUGUAGAAGAUACCGAGAAAGAAAUAAAGACUGAGGAUACGACCGAGGAUAAAGAAAAGAGUGAAACCGAUAGCGCGAAGAAGGAAGAUGCAAAGAAACAGGAGGAAUCGCCUGGGGAUUCCAAACCAAUCGAUACCGCCGUUGUCGAAGCGAAGCCACAGUUUACCGAAAUGGAAGAAUAUUUCGUAAAAUAUCGAAAUUUUUCUUAUUUGCAUUGCGAAUGGAGAACAGAAGAGGAAAUGUAUAAAGGAGACAAACGUAUUCAAGCUAAAUUAAAACGAUUUAAGCAGAAGCAACAACAAAACACCAAUAUUUUCGAAAAUACCGAAGAUGAUCCCUUUAAUCCAGACUUUGUCGAAGUUGAUCGAGUCUUAGAUGAAGCAACUCACACAGAUCCACAUACUGGAGACACAGUCCGACACUAUUUGGUCAAAUGGCGAUCCCUGCAAUACGAAGACUCUACCUGGGAAUUGGAAGAAGAUGUUGAUCCUGAAAAAAUAGCACAAUUUGUGAGAUUUAAUAAAGUGCCACCUAAGGAGCAGUGGAAGCCGAAGAAGAAACCCAAUGCUGCAGCUUGGGUAAAGCUGGAGGAAUCGCCGAUUUACAAAAAUAAUAACAGUUUAAGACCGUAUCAAUUAGAAGGAUUAAAUUGGCUAUUAUUUUCGUGGUACAAUGGACACAACUGUAUUCUUGCCGAUGAGAUGGGACUGGGAAAGACAAUUCAAUCUCUAACAUUUGUGGAUGCAGUUUACAAGUACGGAAUUCGCGGACCGUUUUUAAUCAUAGCUCCUUUGUCGACCAUUCCAAAUUGGCAGCGAGAAUUCGAAAGCUGGACCGACAUGAAUGUUGUAGUAUAUCAUGGAUCUGCGGCGAGUCGUACUAUGCUUCAAGAAUAUGAAGUCUAUUACAAGAACGAAAAGGGACAGCAAAUCAAAGAUUUGAUCAAAUUUAAUGUGUUGAUUACGACAUUUGAAAUCAUUAUAACCGACUUUAACGAACUACGUGGAUACAAUUGGCGACUCUGCGUCAUAGAUGAAGCUCACCGAUUAAAAAAUCGGAAUUGUAAGCUUCUUGAAGGACUGAGACAAUUAAAUUUGGAGCACAGGGUACUUCUGUCGGGCACGCCGCUACAAAAUAACGUCAAUGAAUUAUUUUCCUUGUUGAACUUUUUGGAGCCGCAACAGUUUUCGAGCAAUGAAGCAUUUUUGAAAGAAUUUGGUAAUCUAAGCAGCGAGGGUGAAGUAAACAAGCUGCAACUUCUCUUAAAACCAAUGAUGCUACGUCGUCUAAAGGAGGAUGUUGAGAAAUCAUUAGCGCCGAAAGAAGAGACCGUUGUCGAGGUGGAACUUACGAAUAUCCAAAAGAAAUAUUACCGCGGCAUACUCGAGAGAAACUUCUCGUUUCUUGCAAAGGGCACCACAUCGGCGAACAUUCCGAAUCUCAUGAACACUAUGAUGGAGUUGAGAAAGUGUUGCAUCCAUCCGUUUCUGCUGAACGGUGCCGAAGAUCAGAUACAAUUGGAUUAUAAGACCGGUGAAAAGGAGGAUUCCGAGGCGUACUAUCACGCGCUAGUAAAUAGCUCCGGAAAGAUGGUAUUGAUCGACAAAUUGUUACCGAAACUAAAAGCUAGUGGUCAUCGAGUCUUGGUAUUUAGCCAGAUGGUAAAGUGUCUAGAUUUACUUGAGGACUAUCUGCUGUAUAAGAAGUAUCCUUAUGAAAGAAUCGACGGUCGGAUUCGUGGAAAUUUACGUCAGGCUGCUAUUGACCGUUACAGUAAGCCUGAUUCAGAUAGAUUUGUUUUCUUGCUCUGCACAAAAGCUGGUGGACUCGGUAUUAACUUAACUGCGGCUGAUACUGUCAUUAUUUAUGAUAGUGAUUGGAAUCCGCAGAAUGAUUUGCAAGCGCAGGCACGUUGCCAUCGCAUCGGGCAGCAAAAAAUGGUCAAGGUAUAUCGUCUACUCUGCCGCAAUACGUACGAGCGGGAAAUGUUCGACAAAGCAUCUUUAAAAUUGGGUCUCGACAAAGCAAUCUUGCAAUCUAUGAAUACCAGCCAAGGCGGUAAAGAUCCCAGUAACAAACAGCUAACGAAGAAAGAGAUAGAGGAUCUAUUGAAAAAGGGCGCUUACGGUGCUAUUAUGGACGACGAUAACGCCGGCGAUAAAUUUUGCGAAGAGGAUAUUGAACAGAUACUCGAACGAAGAACUCAGAUUAUCACGAUAGAAGCUGAGAAGGGUUCAACAUUCUCGAAAGCGAGUUUUGCGUGUUCGUCGAAUCGAUCGGACAUUAAUAUAGACGAUCCUGAUUUUUGGAAAAAAUGGGCGAAGAAAGCAGAGAUCGACACAACAGAAAAGAAGGAGGAGGACGAGCUGGUGAUAUCGGAGCCUCGGCGAAGAACACAAAUCAAGCGUUACGGUCACGACGAAUCGGUGGUCGAUAUGUCCGAGUUGGACAGUUCAGACGAGAACAGUGAUGACGACACGAGUAUUGGCUUGUCCGGCAGAAGCAAGAAACGGCGCGAUAAGUUCGGCAAGAAGACGCGUAAAUUCUACGACGAAUACGUGCCGCGCGAAGGAGAGGUGGUGUACGGCAGUUGGGCGCGUAGCGAAUGCUUCAAAGUGGAGCGCGGACUACUGACAUUCGGCUGGGGUCGCUGGGAGGAGAUCCUGCAACACAGCCAGUUCCGACGCGGUUGGCGCGAGAUUGACGUUGAGGAUUGCGCGCGUGUCAUUCUCCUCUAUUGUCUACGCUACUAUCGUGGCGAUGAGAAGAUUCGUAGCUUUAUCUGGGACCUCAUCACCCCAAUAGAGAACGGAGAGAAGGUGAAGAACAUAUCGGUGAACACCAGCAGCAGGAACAGUCGCCAGAAAAAGAAAGGCCGCGUCCGAGAGGGUAGAGAGACCAGGGGCUCAAUCAUCAACGGUGGACCGAGCGAUCCUAGUCACUGGAGCAACGCAGAGAAAUUCGAUGGGGACAUCUUUCUCGAGAGCAAUUAUAGGAAGCAUCUCAGUCGACAUGCCAACAAAGUAUUAUUGCGCGUGCGAAUGCUGUAUUACAUCAAACACGAGAUUAUUGGCGAUUUGGUUCAGCACAUCUCCGACGGUGUUCACGUCAGUGCGUUGCCGAUAGACCCUCCACAGUUGACGGAACGACCGGCGAAAUGGUGGGACACGACAGCAGAUAAAUCCUUAAUAGUUGGCUGCUACAAACACGGCUAUGAGAAUUACGACCAGAUGAGGACUGAUCCCGCGCUUUCUUUCAUUACAAGCUGUCCUCCCCCUUUCCAGAACUCUCAGAACAAGAGUACCGCCGACAGCAGCAGCAGAGACGAUAAUAGUUUGGAGAACGACGUGGACGAUAGCGAAUCUCCCGGAAUGACAAAGGACUCGAAAGAUUCCGACAAAUUUAGAGAAACGCCAACGGAUUCUCCUGCUAUUUCGAGUAAAGCGGAUACCCCGAUACCGGAAGCUAGCGGCAGUCACGACGAUGGCCUUCUUCCGGACGACGAAAAGACUUGGCCAUCCGUGGUAGAUCUUAAUACGCGAUUACGUCGCGUUAUAUCUUCUUAUCAACGGACCGUUAAUAAGAAGGAGGAUGUUAAAAUUAUUCCAAAAAGUAAAAUAGGAAUGGAAAGUGAGACUUCUACCAUAAAUCAUACCGGAAUGAUGCACGAACCGCCCUUGAAUAUGCAGGGAUGGGAUUUGCAACAACAAUUAGCGUAUCUUUUGAAAAUGGAAAAAAGAGAGAAAAUGGAGGCUAUAGUGAAGGAACGAGAACGCACUCGUAUCGAGGAGCAAAAAGCCAAAUGGACUCGCCGUGAAGAAAGCGAGUUUCUACGAGUGGUAUCUACAUAUGGCGUUAAUUAUGACAGAAAGAAAGCUCAAUAUGACUGGACUAAAUUCAAAAGUAUCGCCAGAUUUGACAAGAAGACGGACAACGACCUCACGGACUAUUACAUGUCGUUUAGAGCAAUGUGCAAGAAGGUCUGCAACGCGAAACUGAACGAAGAAGAAGAUUUUACAGAUGUUCCGGUGGAUCAGUUGAGUCCUGCCAAAGCGAGACAGAUACUUGAUCGCGUCGAUCUCCUGAGUAAGAUUCGCGAGGAGAUUCUGUCGCAUCCGCAUCUCGAGGAACGAUUGUCGUUGUGCCAGCCGUCAGGAGACACACCGGAUUGGUGGCAACCUGGAAAACACGACAAGGAAUUAUUACUCGGAGCUGCGAAGCACGGUCUCGGACGUACCGAUAUCACUAUACUGAACGAUCCGGACUUUUCCUUUCACAAACUUCUCUCGAGAGGGAUGUAUGCGGGCACGCAAACACCUAAAACAAUAGACAAGUCCGAAAAAGCGAUAAAGAUCGAGAAUAGAGAAGAUAUCUUGAAAUUUGACAAGGAUGAAAUACUCGUGAAGCUGGAAAAGGGCGAAGGAACUCUAAAAAUUGAAAAAGUUGGAGCGAAGAAAGAUCAAAGUGUUACCGAUAAGAAGUCUGAGAACGCGGACUCCGAAAAGAGUCAGGUGGAAUUGACCAUCGUCAAAGCGGAGACUAAAUCCGAGGAGAAAUCAGUCAGUAGCUCGUUGAUGAUCACUAGCGUCGCGAGAACGUCGGAUGUGGAGAAUGUUACUGUAAAAAGCGAAGAGAAAAGCGAGCUGGCAAUAGAGCCAGUUAAAUGCGAUAACAUCAAAGUCAAUCAAACUGGUGUUGUCAAAGAGACUGAUGAGAAAUUAGCGAAGGAAGCUAGUUCAGAGAAUGCUGAGAGUCCUGCUAUUGUGGAAAUCGAAAAAGAGGAUAAGACUCAAGAAAACGAUGUUAAACAAGAAGUCGAAUCCGCCGAGAAAUCGAACGAAUCGCAAGUGCAAGAUGCCGAGAAAAUGGAAACAGUCGAGAAAGAUAUGGAGAUUAAAGAAAACGUGGAGAAUAUCGACAAGAGUGUUGAAAAUACCGAGCCCGCUAUCGAGGAUGAUAACAAAGCAAAGUCGGAUAACGCGCCAAUUAAAGAAGAAACUGAAACGCAAGAAGCGAAGAGCUCCGACAUUGCCAAAGAAAAAACGAAGAUUUCGCAGAUGGAAGAUAAGUGCAGCGUCCAGGCUGCGGAAUUGAAAGCGAUGUUCCCGGAUCUGGAAGUAAUACAACCGUUGUCACGAUUAACACAGAUCGAUACGUUUGUUUUGCGAGACAAACCGGCAGAUUACAAUAACGAACCUACGGUGAUGCAGCUUUUGGCGCAUGGUUGUGCCAGUACAUCGAUAAAGUGGCCGAAGGAGCAUGCAAUCGAAGCUCGUUUAAUGCACAUCGUGCACGCGAUAGAGCAUAAAGAAUGGCCAGUAUCGGUGAACUUUAGCGCCGGCGAAGAGUUGGACAUCCCGCAAAACGAAAAGGAAUGCUCAGAAGUUAUAACUAUCACUACAGAUCACGGAGUGUCCAGGUCAAUGGUGAGCGGAAACAAUAUAUCCGCUUCAAAGAAACGUAAGAGGCACAUCGCUAUCGACGUAGAGACCGAACGAGCCAAGCUUCACGCGCUUCUCAACAGCAGUCAUCUAAGCACACCGUCGCCGGCACCACUCAGCAAACCGGUGCUUUCGACCAACUGGGAGAUGAACGACGAGUCUCAAUCCGAGGAAUCGCGACGCUCUACGCCGGUACAGCCACCGCCGGCGCAUCAGCAAGCGCGAACGCCGAAUAUGCCCUUCGACCUAAAGUACACCGUUCCAGGCAAAACGACCGUUAUACCCGGAACAUCGAGCACGUUGACGCCCAUCGAUUUAUCUGCUGGAUAUCCAAAAUCAAGCUCUGAUAAUAACAAGGACAUUAUGAACGAAGUGCAAGACUUUUCCAUGCCGAACAAGAAUAAACAAGUCAGUAGCAACAAAGGAAAGUUGGACAGUAUGUUGGACAAACUUAUGAAACGGAAAUCUUGUCCGACGGAGGAGCCAAUAAUCGGAAAGGAGAAAAAACGCAGGAAACUCGACGAGAUAGUAUUAGGCCUGAGUGCCGCGAAGGAGCAACAGAGUAGUCAUUAUCCUGAGCACAGCAAGAAGAAUACAAUUACGCCUAACGUGACCGUGACACCGACAUCGGCGCCGAUGGGGCUUCCCAAUCCCCAGACCCAGAAACCGUUCUCCAUUACCGUUACGUCGAUUCCAUCUUCGCGUGCCUCGAGCUCCUCCACGUCCGUUUUACCGCCGCCGUCGUUGCAUUCCCACAAGGAUACCUUCUCCGCAUUGUUAGUUCAAGCCGAACAGCAGAAUCGCGAACUGAAGAAACAACAACAACAGCAUCAACAGCAGCAGCAGCAACAACAGCAACAGCAGCAGCAACAACAACAGCAACAGGCAUUUAACUCGGCGCAUCCGUCUUCCUCGAGCAGCAGUCACCGAAAGAGUUAUGAAGCGAUGAUCGCGGACAUUAACAAAGUCGCCGAGUACUCGUCCAAGGUCGGCUCGUAUUCGCACGAAGCGAAGGUAAACAAAUGGUUGGCUGAACAAAGCGCCAUGUCGGAACAAUGCGCGGAAUAUCUGAAUGCUCCUCGACGGCGUAGGCCGCGCGUCGAUCCGUCCUUGUUGGAUUGGAAAAAGCUUACCGGCGAGGAAAACGUUGCCGUCAUUAAUCGAAUAACCGGCAAGAAGGUAACUGGAAGUAAAGCACCUCAAUUGAAACGGCUUGGGCAAUGGCUUAUGGAGAAUCCGAUGUUUGAUGUGGAUCCAAAAUGGGCGGAACUCGUGAAGGAACGCGGCAAUCUUCCGCACGAUUUGCAAAAGAGACUGCCGGGUAACGAACGCGGUGGUGUGAACAAAGGCAAGAGUCCGGGCAGACCGCCCAUGAUGCCCAGUCCUACGAGCCAGCAGUCGGCGAAUUCCGCCAAUCUAGUGGCCACAUCGAUGGCAUCGGGUCUCAAUUUCCCACUUGGCAAUCUCAACAAUUCCCUGCUAUCGGGUCUUUCGCUCGGUAACUUUGAUCCGAAGAAUAAUCCGCUACUGAUGCCGUUCGGCGGUCUAACGAAUCUGGGCGCGCUCAGUGGCCUUGGUAACCUCGGCAAUCUGGGCAGCAUGGGCCUAACGAAUUCGCUGUUCGCCAAUCUUGCUGGAUUAAGUCUACCAUCAUUGGCGGGCAUGGAGGCGGCAUUAAACGCACAGGUGGCCACCAGCAGCGCAGCGGCAGUAGAUGCCGUAAAUAAUCCUAUCGUGAGUUCGGCGGGUGGUAGCAAGAGCGGUGGCGCGGGUUCAUCAUCCGGCUUGAACAGCAGUGGCGGCGGUGGUGGUAGCAGUAGCAGCAAAUCGCGUAGCAACAAACUCGAUCAACCAACGACGACCGGCAAAUCAUCGGCCGCCGCUGGCGGUCCAUCGACUUUGUCCGCAGCUUCCUCUGCAACGAGCCUUCCGAGCCCCUCGCCAUUCCCGUUCUUCCUAUCGAAUCCUAGCCUUCUCUAUACGCCGCUAGGCCUAGGAGGCUUGAAUCCGUUUUCCAUGCAGCCCGGAGGCGUAUCGUCGGCCUAUGAGAGUCUCGCCCAAUGCGGUCUGCUGAAUCCACCGACAUCCAGCGCUUCUUCCGUGGUACGGAAACCUGCAUCUUCGAGCGGCGGCUCCUCGAGGCAGCGUGAAGCUGUACCGGAAUCAUCGUCAUCAUCAUCAUCGUCGUCGUCGACGGCGGCGGCAAAACGAAAGGAGGCCGAGAAGAAGGCGUCUAGAUAUCCUCCAGUGGAUCCGGCUGUGACUCUGCAACAGUAUACGGAUAUGGCGGCGUUACACAGUGGCGAAGACAGGCGUGGCCGCAGUGUCGAACAACAGCAACAGCAGCAUGAAAAGAGGGAAAUGGCGACGACAGAACAAAUCGAUGUAAUGGCAGCGGAUCUAUCUGAGAAGAAGACCGAGCGGAGGAGCAAGGAACAAGAGAUGAAAGAGGCUCUGGAACACUUAAGCAGGACCAGUGCCGAACUGGUCACUCGAACGGUCGACGAUGCACCGAAGCUCGAAAAGCCGCCGAGGAAUCGUAGCAAUAAUACAGACGGCAACAAUCAAAAUUCCGACCACCAACGAUCGACGUUGUCGGCACCACCGCCGCUCGAGGUCACCUUAGAACCUGUUGCUAAGAAGAUGCGUACCGAAGUAGACACGAGUUCAAAAUCGUCUUCGUCUAAUAACGAUGUACCGACGAUAGAGAUUGAACCGGCGACGAGACAAACGUUGCCGACAACACCGACAAAGGCGGCACAACUGCCGCCUUCACAAGAUGAAAACAACACUUCGUCUGUGGAAACGAAUACCGCGAUCAAGAAGGAAGUGAACGAGACGGCAACGACACCGACGACGUCGACGUCGGCCGCGAAUACGAUGUCGCCAUUGACGACGCAGAAGAGCGAGGCUGGUAAUAAGCCUACUGCGUCGGAAGUGGAAGAGGAUGGUAAAGGAGGACCCAAGGCAAAGAAAGCGCGUAGCGGCAAACGACUGAACGUGGAACCACCGCCGGAGCGAAAAAAUCUUCGUUCGAGUGCCGGCAGACAGGCACGAGCGGCUGCAGAACGACAAGCGCGAAUGGAAGGAGAGAUGCAACAGCAGCACUCCGAGCAGCAGCAGCAGCAAGACAGUCAUGUGGCCGGUGAAUGAGUCGUAAGGGAUCGUCGCGUAUUAACUGAAACAAUGAGUAGCGAUCACCUAGAAAGUCCCAUGGCGAUCUGACAAAAAGAAAUUGUGGACAUGCAGUCACUGCCCCACGUUUUUUUUUUCUAUUUCUAUUCCACUGAUUCGACACUGUUCGCACAACGAAGAUCUAUAUAUGUAUAUAGAUAAUUCCCUGUUCGACAAUGAUUGGCGCUCGUGAAAGUGUUGUUGCUUCAAAAUAGAUUAAUUAAGCACAAGUGCAUCGAAAGGAGGCUACAGACAUUGGGACAUGGACAUGGUAGAAUCUACCGUAGCUUUCAAUUCAAUUCUCCAAUGAUGUAUGUAUGUGUGUGUGUAUGUAUGUGAAUACAUGGAACUUCUGUAUCCUGAUGGAGACGGAUUCUGCAAAGGAUAAACUGCGUAUUAUUGAUAGCAGUGUCACAGUGCAGGUUUGCGAAAAGUUGUGAGAGAGAGAAGGGUCUCUCAAAUAAGAAGGCUGCGAUAGUAUUUUAUGAUUCGAUACUUUGUGUAGUAAUUAAUUUUUAAUUGCGUAAUAAUAAACGAUAUGAUAAAGGUAUAGUUUUGUUAAAUUUAUUAUCUUAUACUAUAUCUUAUUGGUUUUGAUCAGGGACUGUUUUAUAUAUGAAAUAUAUUAUAAAAUUGUGUACUCGCUAUUGCGCAUAAAGCAAUUUAAAAGCAAGAAACACAAGGCGAAAUAUAAUCGUAAUGUAGAAAAAAAAUAAUUACAGUAAUAACUUAAUAAAAAGAUAAGAAUGUAAAUAUUAUACACAUUAUGCCUAGAGAUAGUAAACAAUGUACUUGGAAAAAAAUGUAUAUAUAACGCAGUGUACUUUUAAUUACAUUAGGUGAAAUAAUAAACAGCUUCUUUUGUUGUUUGCA